AUGAACUGCAUGGUGCAUCGUCAUUGCUGUUAAGUUGUUACUGGACAUGUCUGGAGAAUAUUGAGAAAAUAAGGAUUUAAGGAAUGUUAAAUCAGUUAAACCAGUCUCCUGAGUUUAUGUAUAGCUCAAUGGAUAAUAGAGCAUGGCAACACCAAGGUCGAGGGCUUCAUUUCUGUGGAAUGCAGGAGGAGGCAGUGAGUCAUUAUCAGAAGGCAUUUAAGAGGUGAAUCCCAUCCCAAGAGACACAGAGAGAAGUGUUUUAUCACUUCACAUCAACCGUCUCAGGACAAUUUCCACACAAGUCCAGUUUUUCAGUAGUCAGCAGGAAAAUGGCUCUAGUGUCAGAAUUUUUGAGUCAACUCACGUUAAGUUAUGGAGGGGAGAAAGAACCUAAAUGUCCAACAGUGCUACCAGUUAGCGAUUUUAAUCCAGGCAUGGAUGCAGCCAGAAUAGAGACAGCCAUUAAAACUAAAGGAGUGGAUGAGCAGACAAUCAUUGACAUUCUAACAAGACGUAGUUUCUCACAAAGGGCUGAUAUUGCAUUUGAGUUUGAGAAAAGGGCAAAGAAGGAUAUGGUAAGUGCCCUGAAGGGGGCGCUUUCUGGCGCUUUGGAGAGUUUGGUUCUGGGCUUGAUGAAGAGCACAGUACAGUUUGAUGCCUCUGAACUCAAAGCUUCAAUGAAGGGUCUGGGCACUGAUGAAGAGACUCUCAUUGAGAUUUUGUGUUCUCGCAAUAAUGAGGAGCUCAUGGAAAUCAAGAGGGUUUAUAAAGAAAUGUUUAAGAAGGAUUUGGAAAAGGAUGUAGCUGGAGACACAUCUGGAGAUGUGGCUAAACUGCUGUUGGCGCUUGUACAGUGCAAAAGAGAUGUGCCGAGUAAUGUGGUGGACUAUGAGAAGAUUGACAAUGAUGCAAGAGCUCUUUAUGAUGCUGGAGUCAAGAGAAAAGGAACCGAAGUGACCACCUGGAUAUCCAUUUUCUCUGAGAGGAGUAUCCCACAUCUGCAAAAAGUGUUUGAAAGGUACAAGAGAUACACUCCAUAUGACAUGAAGGAGAGCAUUCGGAAGGAGGUGAAGGGGGAUCUGGAGAGAUCGUUCCUCACACUAGUUGAGUGUUCGGAAAACAAACAUCUGUAUUUUGCCAGCAGACUCAAUGAUGCCAUGAAGGGUAAAAGCGUGAAAGAGAAAGUAGUGACCCGCAUCAUGGUCUCUCGCUGUGAGGUUGAUCUCAUGAAAGUCCGUGCAGAGUUCAGGAGGAAUUAUGGCAAAUCUCUGCACCAGACCAUUUCAGAACAAACUAAAGGUGAUUACCAGAGAGCUCUUCUGAAUAUCUGUGCAGGAGAUGAUUAACACACUCUAUCUCAAGCUGCAGUUGUCCUCAUUUUCAAGCAGUCAAUCCCCUCCGAAAUGCUGAAGUUAGCCCAAAAAAUGCAGUAUUAUUAUGCUUUUGUCUCUUCUUCUUCCAGUAUAAUAUACAUCUUUAUCACUACACACAAUAUUUUACUCAGACAUAGGCAGAAUGAAGAAGUAAUAAUAAAAAUAAAGAUGUUUUAAAUGUUCUUUAUCAAUAAAAACGUACAUGUGUGACGUAGACACACUGAA